CUUUUUGGUUUCCUCGUCACCGUCGCGCACCCGCAGUUUGUCUACCGAAUGAUCUUUCUUUUAUAAGUUUUUAAGCUGUCUCAUACAAAAAGAAAUUGAGAAUUGGAUAAGAGAGACAAGAGGGAGAGAGGAUUUAGUUUUCUUUUUUCUGUUUCUGUUUCCAAAAAAAAGGGUAUCUAUGUAUGGCGUUUUAGGUAGAUGAUCUCUCUCACAGCUAAGCUAUUACAAGAGAAAGAGAGAGAGAGAGAGAGAGAGCUGAGUCAGUUGUGUGGUGUAGAUUUGUCAGAAGGAUCGUGUGGGAAUCUAAUUUUUUUUAAUCUUUUACCAAAAAUAGAAAUAGUAAAAAAUAGACGGGAGGGAGGGAGAUCAAAAUGGGGAAGAGGAAAGAGAAGAAGAAAUCGUUGAGAAGCAAAGCAGUCCACUUUGUCAGCGAUCUCACCACCGGUCUCCUUAAUCCCAUCUCUGAUAAACCCUCCUCCUCUCCUCCUCCUCCGGAUGAUGAGGAAGAUGAGUCCAAGAGAGAUCAACUAGAAGAGUCCAUCACUGAUAAGGGUUUGGUUGACGAGCCUGACACUUCUUCCUUCUCUGCUUUCCUUGGCUCCCUCUUAUCCUCAGACCCCAACAACAAACAAACCAACCAGGAUCAGGAUCAGGAAGAAGAAGAAGAAGAGGCUGAAUCAAGCGAUACAUCAUCAUCAUCGUCCUCAUCCUCUGGAACAAUGAAAGAAACUACUACUACUGUUUCUGGUGGUGCAAAGAAGAGCUUGUUGUCCAAGUAUAAACAGCAUUUUAAGAACUUUUACCACGCUGUUAAGUUCUCCUCCAAGGAUCGAAAGGCAAACUUCCCUGAGGUUGUUAAUAAAACUGAUGAUGAUAAAGAAGAGACUAAAGGAUAUGAUGAUGGCUUGGAGAUGAAGCAGUUGCAGAAGAACAAAGAGGAAGCUGCAAAGAUAGUACAAGCAAUUGCUAUUCCUGAAAUAUCAGAGCCUUCUUUGCUUUUAACCGACCACUCAAGACGUUCCCUUUAUUCUUCCCUUCCUGCUCUUGUUCAAGGCAGGAAAUGGAUUUUGCUUUACAGUACGUGGAGGCACGGUAUAUCACUGUCAACGCUGUACAGGAAAAGCCUCCUCUGGCCUGGUCUCAGUUUACUGGUUGUUGGAGAUAGGAAAGGUUCGGUUUUUGGUGGACUUGUGGAGGCACCUUUGAUACCAACUGAUAAGAAGUAUCAGGGAACCAACAGUACGUUUGUUUUCACUGAUAAGUCUGGACAACCCACUAUAUACCGUCCCACAGGAGCAAACCGGUUUUACACUUUAUGCUCCAAGGACUUUCUAGCUCUCGGUGGUGGUGGACGUUUUGCUCUCUAUCUAGACAGUGAGCUGCUAAGCGGAUCAAGUGCUUACUCGGAGACAUACGGGAACGCUUGUCUUGCAAACACUCAGGACUUUGAUGUUAAAGAAGUGGAGCUAUGGGGAUUUGUAUAUGGCUCAAAGUAUGAUGAGAUUCUAGCUCUCAGCAAAACUACAGAGCCCGGUGUAUGCAGGUGGUGAUGAAUGAAAUAUUAUCAAAUAUAAUUAAAAAAAAGAAAAAGAAAAAGAGGUGAGAGAUCUCUCUUGUAAAUGUGUAGUAAUAUAAUGAUGUUGUUCUUAAUCACAUCUCCAACACACUCACUUGUAACCAAGAAACCUCUUUUUCUUGUCUUGUUGUAAUGAUUUUGGAGUGAGAUUUCGAGACAUAAAAUUGUGCAGAUUGUCUGAGGUUUAUUAACAAAAUUAUGCAGUGAAAUUUUCUUGUAUUUGAAAAAAUGGUUUAUUAACAAAAUUAUGCAAA